AUGGAAGUCUUUCAAAAGAAAUUUGUUGAGGAAGCAGCUUUGCUUGGAAAAGGGUUUACGAUGUCGGUAGAAGAGCAACAUGAACGGAAGUUUAAGCUUGUUGUGAAUGGCCAAGUUGCCGAUUUAGUGGCAAAAGUUCCAUCAGUAAAUUUUAUACUACACAAUGGGAAGUUCAGUUGUUGCUCAUGUCUCCAUCCUGGAGAAAGAAUGCCUGGCCGUGGUAACAAGCGUGUUUAUCUGUACUCGCCCAACACCUUUCCGCGUCGUACUCAUAAUGACACCUUACUUCACGCACAAUUAGCUAAUGAUACCCGAGAAACCAUUUUUGGAGUAAAGAGUCUUUCAAUAGUGCAUACAAUUUUAAACAUCCCAGAUAUGUUGCUGUUUGAUUAUAUGCACCAAGUUCUUGAAGGCGAAUUCACAAGACGCAUGACCAAAUGGCUUGCUGGAUCAUGCGGAAGUGGUGUCAAUCUAAAGCCGUCCAUAGUAAGUUUGAGUCAAAAUCUCAAGGCCAUUGGUUUACCUCACGAUUUCAACUGA